AUCUUCUGGGUCCCAGCCUGUAGACAUCUUUGACUCUGGCUCCCUGAGUAGAUUGUUUCAUUCCUUCAGGUGACAUAGUCUGGUGGAUUCUGGAAGAGAUGUUUGCUGUUUCUUUCUUCAUGUUGUCUUUGAUGACUUGUCAGCCUGGGGUAACCACACAGGAGAGGGUGAACCGCAGAGUGAGCCGGGCUGCUGAGACUUCCACGCCCACAGCAGUUAACUGCCAGCUGAGCAGCUGGUCACAGUGGACAGACUGUUUUCCGUGCCAGGACAAAAAGUACCGAUACCGGAGCCUGCUGCAGCCAAACAAGUUUGGGGGAACCAUCUGCAGUGGUGAUGUCUGGGGUGAAAUGAGCUGUCAUGGAUCCACAUCUUGUGUAAAGCAAGCACAGUGUGGACAGGAUUUCCAGUGUAAAGAGACAGGCCGCUGCCUGAAACGCCACCUCGUGUGUAAUGGAGACCAGGACUGCUCUGAUGGCUCAGAUGAGGAGAGCUGUGAUGAUGUCAGGGUCCCUGAAAAUGACUGCAGCCUGUACGACCCUAUUCCAGGAUCUGAAAGGGCAGCUUUUGGGUAUAAUAUCCUGACCCAGAAAGAAACUCAGAGUGUAUAUGAUGCCACGUAUUACGGGGGCCAGUGUGAGAUGGUGUACAAUGGGGAGUGGAGGGAACUUCGAUACGACCCCGCCUGUGAGCGUCUGUACUAUGGCGAGGAUGAGAAGUACUUCCGGAAACCCUACAACUUCCUCAUGUACCGCUUUGAAGCCCUGGCAGACAGUAGUUUCUCCUCAGAGAUGUAUGAGGAUACAAAUGAACUUUUUAGUAAACUAAAAAAUGACCUGUUUGUGUCAGGUGGGUUGACCGUUGGUGUGGGCAUUACAGGCAUCCCUCUCACACUGGAUGUAGGUGGGUCUGGAUCGGAGGCCUCUUCGUUCUUGAAGGAGUUAAGCAAGUACAACGAGAAGAAAUACACCUUCAUGAGAAUUUCCACAAAGGUACAGACUGCUCAUUUUAAGAUGAGGAGGGACAAUAUUGUGCUAGAUGAAGGAAUGGUGCUGUCGCUAAUGGAGCUUCCGGAGCAAUACAAUUACGGCAUGUACGCCAAGUUCAUCAAUGACUAUGGCACCCAUUACAUAACAUCUGGAUCGAUGGGCGGCACUUAUGAGUAUUUCCUGGUGAUUGACAGAACAAAAAUGGAAUCAUCUAAUGUUACCAGUGAAGACAUCCAGACAUGCUUUGGAGCGUCUCUGGGCAUUUCUUAUCUGUUUUCACAAAGCCUAGACAUUGGAGGAGGUUUAUCAGGAAAACAGUGUAAAAAACAUGGAGGCGGUUUUUCUAAUUCCAACAAAAGUAGCUUUGCUGUGGAAGAUGUCAUUUCUCGGGUGCGAGGUGGCAGUCCUGGCUGGGGUUUUGGCUUAGCUCACAACUCGAGCACCAUUUCGUAUCGUUCCUGGGGGAGGUCACUGAAGUAUAGUCCUGCUGUUAUUGAUUUCGAGAUGAAGCCUGUUCAUGAGCUGCUGCGGCACACGACCCUGGGAGCCCUGGAGACCAAACGCCGGAACCUGCAACGGGCCUUGGAUCAGUACCUGAUGGAAUUUAAUCCCUGCCGCUGUGGGCCCUGCUUCAACAAUGGGGUGCCCAUCCUCGUGGGCACCAGCUGCAAGUGUCAGUGUCCUGUGGGUCGCCAGGGCUCUGCCUGUGAGCAAAUGGCGAAAGAGAAAGCCAAGGCGGAGGGUCACUGGAGCUGCUGGAGCUCCUGGUCUGCUUGCAGAUCAGGCACUCAGGAAAGGAGGAGAGAGUGCAACAACCCCCCACCCAAGAAUGAAGGCACCCCGUGUCCAGGGCGGGCAGUGCAGACCCAGGCUUGCUGAAGACCUCUGGGCACAGGCUGGGACACAUGCAACGGAUGCCACCACCUGCAAUACCACGGGACAGUGACUUCUUACAGCUGAGAGGAAAUGCCAAUCAAUGUGGACUUCUUUGUCCUGCCAGCUCCCAGGCCUAAGACCGGGCUAUGCCAUCUACAACCAACUGUUUUAUUCCUCACAAAAUUCAGCAAUCCACCAACCAGGUGUUGAGUGUUAACCAGAAUCUCGAUCCUGCUCACAGCACUUUGGGUCAUAAAAAAAAAAAGAAAAAGAAAAAAAAAAGAGAGAAA